CAGCAUGCGGGGGGCGCUGGGCUUCCCGGCGCUGUGCCUGCUCCUCGGUCUGCGCGCCGCAGGGUGCUUUUCAGGAAAUAAUGACCACUUUUUGGCAAUUCAUCAUAAAAAGAGUGGGAAGCCAGCAUUCCUUUAUCACCAUUCACAAGAUAUUGAGAAGAGUCUGGAUAUAGCUCCACAAAAGAUAUAUAAACAUUCCUCUUCUGAAGCUCAAAUAAGCAAAAACCACCAAGUUGUUAAUUCAGCAUUUCUUAGACCCGCGUAUGAUCCAUCUCUCAAUCUGUUGGCCGUGGCUGGUCAAGAUCUUGAAGUUGAAAACCUUCCAAUUCCUGCAGCAAAUGUAAUUGUGGUGACACUGCAAAUGGACAUCAACAAGUUGAACAUCACCUUGCUUCGAAUAUUCCGCCAGGGGGUGGCGUCAGCUUUAGGACUCUUACCCCAGCAAGUGCACAUCAAUCGCCUCAUUGGAAAGAAGAACAGCGUGGAACUCUUCGUGUCUCCCAUAAAUCGAAAAGGAGGAAUUGCUGAUGCCCUGCCAUCUGAGGAAGUGCUGCGUUCACUUAAUACCAAUGUUUUGCAUCAGAGUUUAUCCCAAUUUGGAGUUACAGACAUCUCCCCUGAGGAAAAUGUUUUACGAGGGCAGCGUGAAGCCGACAAGAUCUGGAGCAAAGAAGGAUUCUAUGCCGUUGUCAUCUUUCUCAGCAUCUUUGUGAUUGUAGUAACGUGUUUGAUGAUUCUUUACAAAUUAAAAGAAAAGUUUCAGCUGUCUCUGAGACAAGAUAAAGAGAAACAGCAGGAGAUCCACCUGUCACCCCUCGCGUUACAGCCGGCACAGUCUGAGGCUAAGCCAGUCAACAGCAUGGUCCAGCCUGAGCAGGCGCCCAAGGUGCUGAGUGUGGUCGUGGACCCUCAAGGUCGAUACGCUCCUGAGAUCAAAGCUUCCACCUCUGUCUGCCCUUCUCCUUUCAAAAUGAAACCCAUAGGACUUCAAGAGAGACGAGGGUCCAACGUAUCUCUUACAUUGGACAUGAGUAGCCUGGGGAGUGUGGAACCCUUUGUGGCUGUACCAACACCACGGGAGAAGGUAGCAAUGGAGUAUCUGCAGUCAGCCAGCCGAAUUCUCACGAGGUCACAGCUGAGGGACGUCGUGGCAAGUUCACAUUUACUCCAAAGUGAAUUCAUGGAAAUACCAAUGAACUUCGUGGAUCCCAAAGAAAUUGACAUUCCACGUCAUGGAACAAAAAAUCGCUAUAAGACCAUUUUGCCAAAUCCCCUCAGCCGAGUGUGUUUAAGACCAAAACAUGUCACUGAUUCUUUGAGCACUUACAUUAAUGCUAAUUAUAUUAGGGGCUACGGUGGCGAAGAGAAAGCGUUCAUCGCCACGCAGGGCCCCAUGAUCAACACCGUGAAUGAUUUCUGGCAGAUGGUUUGGCAGGAAGAUAGUCCCGUGAUUGUUAUGAUCACAAAACUCAAAGAAAAAAAUGAGAAAUGUGUGCUGUACUGGCCCGAAAAGAGAGGAAUAUAUGGGAAAGUCGAGGUUCUGGUUAUCAAUGUAAACGAAUGUGAUAGCUAUACUGUUCGAAACCUUGUCUUAAAGCAAGGAAGUCACACCCAACAUGUGAAGCAUUACUGGUACACUUCGUGGCCCGAUCACAAGACUCCAGACAGUGCCCAACCCCUUCUGCAGCUCAUGCUGGAUGUAGAAGAAGACAGACUCGCUUCUGCAGGCCGAGGGCCUGUGGUUGUCCACUGCAGCGCAGGGAUAGGUAGAACGGGGUGUUUUAUUGCUACGUCCAUUGGCUGUCGACAGUUGAAAGAAGAAGGAGUUGUCAACCCACUGAGCAUUGUCUGCCAGCUUCGUGUAGACAGGGGUGGAAUGGUCCAAACCAGCGAGCAGUAUGAGUUUGUGCACCACGCCCUGUGCCUGUAUGAGAGCAGACUUUCGGCAGAAACCGUCCAGUGAUUCUCUGAAGAUUUACCAGACCGUCAAUCUCCAGGGGUGACUAAUCAGUUACCCACUUGAGGCUUCUAGAAGCUUCCAACAAUGAAAGGAAAGUGAAGCCCGACGUCAAGCUGCGGCAUGGCCUGUGGAAGGUGGCAACAUAGUAAAGCUUGCCAGCCCCUGUGUAUGUGAAUGAGUUUGUGAGCAUCUCCUGCGUCAUGUUGAAGGUCCUAUACUGUUGGAGGAACGAUAGACUUCUCACACUGCUGAGGAUUUCGUUUUGUCUGUAUUGAUGAUCUGCCACACAGAAUGUGUGUGAAGCACUCAGUGGUGCAUGUCAUCACAUGAUGACCCGAAGGAGCUGCUGAAGAAAUUAUUAUUGUGUGUUUAGAUGCUUUAAUGUCUGCAAAAUCUGUCUUGUGAAUGGACUGUCAGCUGUUAAACUGUUCCUUUUUAAGUGCUAUUAUCUUUCUCAGUUACCACAAUCUUGCCGCUGAAGUUGCAAGUGAUUGAUAAAGGAUUUUUAACAAAGAAGUCCUUGUUUUUGAAAAUAAAAAUAAAUAAAUCAAAGCAGUAACUAUUUUAUAUGGAAAUGUGUCUUGAUGAUAUUACCUAUGAAAUGUGUAUUUAUCAGUACCUCCUAUCCAUCAAUUACAGAGCACAAUGACUGUCGUUGGGUGUCUAUGUAUCUAUUCUCUAUUAUUGGGCACAGAGGUGGUUUCUGCUCCAGAACUCUGUUCACUGUGUUUCUAUAUUGUGAGUCUCUUUACUGUAAAAGGGGAAAACAAAUUUGUAGCAACUCUGACAUACCAAGAAUUUUAGAUAUUUGUCUGUCUUUUACUAAGGAGUUUUUGAGUAUGCUGUCUGCCUAGACUCUCUUGCCCAAUAAAAGGCAGUUGCUUUGGGGAAUGAUGUCAUAUGUCACAUGUCCAGAAGUUCUUCUAAAGGAUGCUGCCAUGGGUAUCCCUACAUUUCUGAAAGGUUUUAAUCUUCGAGAGACAAGUAAAGCUAAAAACAACAACAAAACAAAAAACUACACUCAGCAAACACUAGCUGUUCUGCUCAAAUAUGAAUUUUUAAUGCAGCUAUGUUGACUUUGUUUCAUACUGCCAAUAAACGACUCUUAAUACUAAAU